AUCUCUCUCUCCUCUCUCUCUCAUUCUCUUUCUCUCUCUUGGUUGAUCUGUUACGAGUCGUUUUGACCGGACAAGCUCAGCAGUUGCAGUUUCUUCUUCUUCUUCUUUUUGUUCAUGUUGUUGGUGUUCUUCUUGUGAGUCGUCAAUGUCGUCGAAGUUGUGCAAUUAAUCUCCGCCGUCGGGUCUCGCAGAUUCAGUGCACUGCGUCUUUGAUUCUUCGCGGUCCUGGGAUAAUUCCGAACCCGCGAUUCGAUUCGUCUCCGUAGUUUUCUGGUUCGGUCAUUGCGUUAGGGUUUUCAGAAAAUGAAGUCUCCGCUGGGUAAGCUUCGGAAAUUCUACAAGACCGAUUCCAAGGACAAGAGAGACCUCCAAUCUUCCGCUCAGUUGGAUGAGCUUGCUCAGGCUGCUAAGGACAUGCAAGACAUGCGAAAUUGCUACGACAGCUUACUUUCUGCUGCUGCUGCUACAGCAAACAGUGCAUACGAAUUCUCGGAAUCACUACGGGAAAUGGGAGAUUGUUUACUGGAGAAAACUGCAUUAAAUGAUGAUGAAGAAAGUGGUAGAGUUUUACUAAUGUUGGGGAAAGUACAGUUUGAACUUCAAAAACUUGUUGAUAGCUAUCGUGCUCAUAUAUUUCUGACAAUUACAAAUCCAUCAGAGUCUCUUCUCAAUGAACUUCGGACGGUUGAGGAGAUGAAGCGACAAUGUGAUGAAAAAAGGACUGUAUAUGAGUACAUGGUGGCACAACAAAAAGAAAAGGGCAAGCCGAAAAGUGGGAAAAAUGAAAGUUUCAGUUCACAGCAGCUGCGAGCAGCUCAUGAUGCAUAUGACGAGGAGGCAACUUUAUGUGUUUUCCGUUUGAAAUCUUUAAAGCAGGGGCAGUCCCGGAGUCUUCUCACACAGGCAGCUCGUCAUCACGCGGCACAGUUGAAUUUCUUUCGGAAGGGACUUAAAUCACUUGAAGCUGUUGAGCCACAUGUGAGAUUGGUUACAGAACAGCAGCACAUUGAAUACCAAUUCAGUGGACUUGAAGAUAAUGAUGGAGAAGAUGGUGAGGAUAACGACGAGAAUGGAAAUGAGGCUAAUGAAUGUGGGGAAUUAAGUUUUAAUAAUCAAUCACAUAAACAGGGGCUAGAUGUUAUACCAACAUCAAGGAAUUCAAUGGAGAUGGAUGAAGAUGGUAUUUCAUCUCCCCGAGGUUCAAAGUUGGAAAAUGCAGAGAUGAAUCUAGAUAGAAACCAAGGAGAUCUCAAGCUUUCAGGUAGAGAACCAAGAGUUGGCAGCUACUCAGCCCCAAUUUUCGCAGAGAAGAAGUUUGAUCCAGCUGAGAAAGCUAGACAACUGCAACAAUUUCCUACACGUAAAUCUAACACAUAUGUGCUUCCCACUCCUACUGAUGCAAAGGGUUUUAUGACAGCGAGAAAUAGCAGUUCAGUUCACAAAAAGCCAAGUGGACACACCCAUAACUUGUGGCAUUCUUCCCCGUUGGAAGAAAAGAAGCAUGAAAAAGAUGAUGGUGAUGGACAUAAUACCUUAAAAGCACAAUCGGUACUCAAGGACAGCAAUACUAAAAACUCCAUCCAACUACCUCCGCCUCUUGCUGAGGGACUUGCAUUACCACAGCUUGAUGUAAAUGCAUCUGAUACUAAAAAGAUCAAAAGACAAGCUUCCUCUGGUCCGUUGACUACCAAGCCAUCAUCAACAAAACCCGUCUCAUCUACCAGCGGUCCCAUUGCGUCUACUGAAGUUCCACAGCUGAUGUCCGGAAUGGCAUCGCGUUCACAAAUGCUUCAGUCCUCAUCUCCAAAAAUAUCUCCAAGUGCUUCGCCGCCCCUUGCUUCCUCACCCAGGAUAAGUGAGCUUCACGAGCUUCCUAGGCCCCCUGGUAGUUUAGUUGCUAAGGCAUCAAGAUCUCCUGGUUUAGUUGGUCAUUCUGCUCCGUUGGUCUUAAGAAAUCAAGAGCCUAAUGCUACAAAUAGGAUCAAUACAGCAUCUCCUCUUCCAACUCCACCAUUGUUUGUUCCUCGGAGCUUCUCCAUUCCUUCAAGCAGUCAGAGAGAAAUGGCAUUGCAUGUAGCCAAACAUUUCGAGUCUCCUCAAGUUACAAACAAGGCCGAAGACGUUGUGUCACCUCCUUUAACGCCUAUUUCACUCUCAAACAUGAACUCAGUACCAACUGUUUCUGAAGUGACCUCUCAAUCUAGUCCAAUACAAGGUGAGGAUACCAUAUUCAAAGUAAUUCCUAAAGGUUCUUCAAACUAAAUUUGCUGUGGUGGAUUGUUUGUCACCUCCAUAUGCAUUGCCGCCUGCACCUCUUAAUGGUUCUUAAGUCUUACACUAUCUUAGAUAGUUACUAUAAUUUUACGAUUCAUCAUCGUCAGUAGCAAUUUUAUGUCUUAAUAAUGUUCUGAAAAUUUUAAAGAGUAGUAGAAGUAGAAAAUGGAAAUCAUCUUAGAGUUAAUUAUGUGCUAGUCUCCCUAUGUUUUGUUCCCUUCAAAAACAAAACUAGCAGCUUGGCACGGGUCAUAACGCGGUCAUGCUGAGUUCGAA